AUGGACAAUCUUCUUACCUUCAACUUGCGUGUCCCGGUGGGAGUCCAGGUAGUCUCCCAUUUGAUCAGCGAGAACACUAUCAUGGAGCAGUUCCUCCUGAUCCUAAGCUCCACCCUCGGAGGAUGCAAGUACGAGAAGUAUCGCAAAGAGAUUGAAUCAUUCACCAAUGGCCCCCUUUCCGGCCUUGGUCGCCUCGAGCUCCAGAGCGCUCUGACCCUCUUCGCGGGCAAAGUCGCGGAUCAGAUUCUUUCGGACUUUGUGCCCGAGUUGGCUGCCCUGACCGGAAAAAACAUCCAAGGUGCCGGCAUGCCCGUGAUCGAUAACAUCGGCAGAGUCAGCACCGCGCCGUCCGAAGCCGAGCCUCCCACCGCCGAAGUCGAGACCAAGAAGCAGCUCAACGAGUUCGCGACCAAGAACCUAGCUAGCUUCCCUCAAUUCUCCGAGGACAAGAUUCAGGAAAUUACCAGCCAGGCAGCCACGAACAUCCAGGGCAUCGCGGCCAAGUCCAACAUCCCGGCGGAGGAGAUCCCCAAAGCGGCCCAGCUGGCCUUCUACGACUUCACCAUUCUUUACGAUGACAGCGGUUCCAUGACUACCGAAGAGUCCCGUAUCCCGACGACCCAGGAGACCAUCAGGGGUCUGUACAAGGCUGCCAAGACGCUCAACCCUGAUAAUAAGUUCUCAGUCCGCUCGUUCGAGGGGUCGGACUUUGAUAAUGUGGCUACUGAAUCAGAUCUAGCGGAAGUCAUCUCAGGCAUGACCUUUGACACUGGUGCGAACGUUGCCGGACCACUAAGGAACAAGAUCCUGGACCCGUUGUCUAAGGCCGCUGCGGAGAAGAAGCUGAACCCGACUGUUGUGGUCAUUAUUACUGAUGGAGAUCUCGGUAGCAGCGUACCUGAAUUCAGCGCGCAAGUCACCCAGUUCAAGUCCCAGCUUAACAGUGCUAACAACACUGGACCCGCUGUCUUGUUCUGUCUCUGCCGUGUGGGUAACGACCAGUCGGCGGCGCAGUCUCUGAAGGAGUUGAACACGGCUCCAGGCGUCAAGGACUUGAUCUUCUACGGCGAGGAUCCUAUCGACAACAAGCUCCAGAGCGUUGGUGGAGACAUCGAUACUUAUGUCGGAGUGAUUAUAUCCGACUUGAUCAAGGCUAUGGAUCUUCAGGCUGUUAAUUAG